GAAAAAAAAGAUGAAAUUUUAAGCGGGAAGAAGUUCCUUCUAGUGGUUAGAUUGGAUUAGUCAGCUGGAAAGCUCGACUGAUCCUGGGACACGAAAGACCAGAAUCACCUAGAACGCUCGCUCUCCAGCCUCUUCUCCUUUUGUCUAUGUCGCCAGGCUCCUUCAGCGAGCAGAGGAAGGCAGAUAGGCAUCAGGCAGCCAUGAGCACCAUGAAGUUCUGCCGUGAAUGCAACAACAUCCUGUAUCCGAAGGAAGACAGAGAGCACAAGAUUCUUCUCUAUGCCUGCAGGAACUGCGACCAUCGGGAGGUGGCGGACAGCAACUGCGUGUACCGGAACGUGGUGGACCACGCCGCCGGCGAGUUCACGCAGGUGCUCUUCGAGGACGUCGCCACCGACCCCACCCUGCCUCGCACCAAGUCCGUCCGCUGCGCCGCCUGCGGCCACGGCGAGGCCGUCUUCUUCCAGGCGACGGCGAGGGGCGAGGAAGGCAUGACGCUCUUCUUCGUGUGCUGCAACCCCAGCUGCGGCCACAGAUGGAGAGACUGACCUCAUGAUGCGUCGCCACAGAGCAGGAGAUUCUUGCGUUGGUGUCACGAACUGAUAAUGUGUGAACUUCAGAAUUCCUUCGUGGUGUUCAGUAUCUGGUUUCUACUAGUUCCACUUUACUGAAUCAGUUUGAAUUGUACACCAAAUUUAUGAAUUUUGCAACUCA